CGGGGUGUAGGCGGCGCUGCCGGCUGGCCCGGGAACACGCUUAGUGGAGCGGAAGAUGGCGGCGGCCGCGGCGGGGGCCGCUGGCACUGAGGUCGGACAGAGGUGGAGGAAGCCCGGGCUCUGACCCCGCUCCGACUCUGGCUCCGGCUCCGGCUCUGGCUCCGCGGGCGCGCGCAGCGGAGACUCGGCGCUCCCCGGAGGAGGAGCGGGCGGCGGCAGCGGCCCCGGCCGAAGAACUGCGGCAGCAGCAGCGGCGGCGGCGGCAACAGCAGCAGCAGCAGCAGCAGCGGCGGCAGCAGCAAGAGCAGCGGCGGCCGCAGCCUCAGCGAACCACCGGCGCGGGGCCUCCCCUGCGGGGCCCCCGCCUCGGGGCGGCGGCGGCGGUGGCCGCGGCCGCGAUGUUCUCGGUCCUGUCGUACGGCCGCCUAGUGGCCCGGGCUGUCCUGGGCGGCCUCUCACAGACCGACCCCCGGGCGGGCGGCGGCGGUAGCGGCGGCGGGGGAGCCGGCGGCGGCGGCGGCGGCGACUACGGGCUGGUGACGGCCGGCUGCGGCUUCGGCAAGGACUUCCGCAAGGGCCUGCUCAAGAAGGGCGUCUGCUACGGGGACGACGCCUGCUUCGUGGCCCGCCACCGCUCCGCCGACGUGCUGGGGGUAGCAGAUGGUGUAGGAGGCUGGAGAGACUAUGGAGUUGAUCCGUCUCAGUUCUCAGGGACUUUAAUGCGAACGUGCGAACGCUUAGUAAAAGAAGGACGGUUCAUACCAAGUAAUCCUGUUGGAAUUCUCACCACAAGUUACUGUGAGCUACUGCAGAAUAAAAUACCUUUGCUCGGAAGCAGCACUGCCUGCAUAGUGGUUUUGGAUAGGACAAGCCAUCGCCUACACACAGCCAACCUGGGGGAUUCAGGCUUCCUGGUGGUGCGAGGAGGAGAGGUGGUCCACCGAUCGGACGAGCAGCAGCACUAUUUCAACACUCCAUUCCAGCUUUCCAUAGCACCUCCUGAAGCAGAGGGUGUCGUCUUGAGUGACAGCCCGGAUGCUGCUGACAGCACUUCUUUUGACGUCCAGUUAGGUGACAUCAUCCUGACAGCCACAGAUGGGCUUUUUGACAACAUGCCCGAUUACAUGAUCCUCCAGGAGCUGAAGAAGUUAAAGAAUUCAAAUUACGAGAGUAUACAACAGACCGCAAGAAGCAUUGCAGAGCAAGCUCAUGAGCUGGCCUAUGACCCAAAUUACAUGUCACCUUUUGCCCAGUUUGCAUGUGACAACGGACUGAAUGUGAGAGGAGGAAAACCGGAUGACAUCACUGUCCUCCUGUCCAUCGUCGCUGAGUAUACAGACUAACUCUCCUCCAGGUCAACCUCUGACGCUCCUCUUCCCUGUGUACGGACUGUUCCUGCUGGCAGGACCGCGUUUUCCUUUGCCGCUGAUCUCGAUGGCCAGUGAUUUAUGCCUGUCGCCUGUCUUUUUACAGUCCGGUUGAGAUCCUUGUUACGAACCACUACUGUCAUACGACUAGCUCACGUCUGCCAGCACCAGCUGAAGAAAACGCAAGACUUGAAGCUCGUCCUUCAUUGCUAGUUAUCCUUUGCGGGGGGAGGUGGAAGACCUUCAGAGCCAAAAAAAAGGCUGCUAUUUUUCAGAAUUCAAUUGAAGUAUUGCAGAUGAGUAAUGUGGGUAGAUUGUAACUCAAACUAGAAUGUGUAAAAUUUAUUUUUGAAAAAACCCACCACAAGUCAUGUGCUACUUACUACAUCUACUAGAAAAAUGCAUUACUCGUUGAAGGAAAUGUUCCACAUGAACCUUCACAUGCAUAGUCUGUUGUUGUAAGAUGAUAGAGUAUGUCUGUGUUUCUGGUAUAACCCCCUAUUUUUCAGGGGCUUAUAAUUCUGCUGUAAAACAUUGCUCUGAAUUCAUUUGAAGCUCUGGAUUCGUCUUAAAGUCUAGAGCCCAAGAGCCCUUUUAUUACAAAAUUGAGAGAAAAAUCAGUUUAAACUCUGUGGAUGCAAAUGUUUGUGCUUUUUAAAAAAAAUGCUUAAUUGUGCUCCAGUGACUGAAUUGUUGAGUAGCUCAUUAGCCCGGAUAAAAUGAGCUUAUGGGAGGUUGGGAGUAGGAGAGAGGAGACACUCCUUGCCAAGUUUAAUUGGAGGUCAGGGGAGAGGAAAUAGCACUACUUAGGUUGUGAAGCAAACUCUUGAAAGCCCAGAGAUUGAAAAUCGUGGCUGAAACCCACCUCAUUUGUCCGAAUGUGUUGUAGGGAAGUAGGCCCACGUCUCUGUGCGAGAACGGUAGGCUGGAUGGAGGUCCAGGGACUCGAGAAGAUGGCCGUGACCUUGAAUUGUGUCGGCUUCUGGUUCUUAGACUGGUCAAGACCCACUUUGUAGCACACACUGCAUCCAAGCCGUGUUGAUCCGCGUAAGCAAAUACUUGGAGUGAUGAAUGGCAGGAGCACGGAAGGGCCCCAGGAAAAAAAGAUUCUUCGUGAAAAUCUGACAUUGGAAGUUUCCCUCCGAGAACUUCCGGGCUGUCAGAUUCAAACUUAAUGUUUACAGUUUCUUAAUAGCCAUUUGACAGUAUGCCGUUUUCAUUGAAAUUACCCAGCGUCCAAAUUCUCCAUUAUCUGCAAGCUCACAUUCAUUUACUUUUGAGGCUCAUUUGAAAGUUGACUGCUGUAAAGAGAUAUUUUUGGGUCAGUUUUCCUUUUUCCAUUAACUUGGUGGUAGAAAGAUACACACUUAGAAAUCCUUAAAUUAAAGCCAUGUUUUCUAUAUAUAAAAAGUCAGGUAACAUUGGUGUUUAGAUGAAGAUGCAGUGAAACCAAACGAGUGUCUUCUUGAGGAGAGUGUCGAAAGUCUGUUUUCCUCUCAAGAAGAUCUUACUCUGCCCGGUUUAUUGCAUUAAAACUGUUCUGUUUGAGGUUACCUCAACUGGUUUUAAAAGAUUUUUUUGUGAAGUUGUACUGUAUAUUUGCAAAACUGUAUGUCAGGCUUUGGUUUUAUUUAAAAAUUGUUUAACAUGUACCAUGUACAUGUCAUUACUAUAUUUCAAAGCAUCAUGCUUGUAACAGGCAUUUCAUUUAUAAUGAGAAUGAGUUAUUCAUUUGUAAGCCGUUCAGUAAUUUAUCUACUAUUCCUAAAUUGGCAUAAUGUUAGAGAUAUAUUUUGAAUCACCUUUAAUUACAUGUCAGAAUGCCUUAACUACCCUAACUUGAUACAAAUAGCAUUCUUUGGUAGAGGGGACGGGGGGAGGGGAGGGAGUGUUAGAAUAAUGAGAAAUUGUAGUGCUGUGAUAAAACAUGGAAGAGCGAGUGUGGCACAUGGCGGGUAUUUAUUUUGCACAAACUAUUUGCAGUCUGUAUGUUUUUAAGAAACAGAAGGUUGCAUCCAGAUGGAAUUUUUUUGAAAGGAAUAUAUUCAUACUUCUGCUGAUGGCUUAAUUUCUUGUGUCUGGGGGUUUCCAUUUUUUUCUGGUCCGAGGCAUUUGGCCUCAUGAUCUGGAUGUCUCUGCAUUAAUUUUCCAAUGCCUACGAUUUUGGCUCCUGGGAGAAGGAGAGCUGGCAAAUGACUGGCUCGGGCUCUGCUCAGAGGAAACCCCAAACAGUCGUUCUAGAACUAGACAGGUGGUAGUUUCUACAGGUUACUUAAUCAGCUUAAAGUCUUGCUGGACAAAUGGUUGUUACAGAAUAAAAUGGACGUUUUGUUUCCGUAAUGUCGAGAGGAGUCCUAUGGUGAAGUUCCCUAGUACUUGGCCUAUAGAUUAAUGAAUGACCCAAAGUAUUUUCUCAUUUUGUAGCCCUCCCUUCCCCAGCCUUUCUUCCCUGUGCUCUUUUGUAACUGCUCGGGGACUCCCAAUAAGCCCCCGGGCCCCCGCGUUCCCUCAGUUGGGCCCUUUUGGGGAUCCUAGAUCUUGGGGAAUGACUGCCUGAGCUGUGCCACUUAGUAAGUCUGUCUCUAAAACUGAUGUUUGUGCUAAUGAUAGCUUAAAUCAAGCAGUGUAAGUGACGCCAUUUGCCUCAUGUAAUGGACUUUUAUAGCAAAAGAGAAAAUUUGGAUUUUUAAUUUACAAAUUACAAAUUAUUUAUCCCUCACUGGAUGCACCAAAGACCAGUAAAGUUUAUAGCUUUUCCAUCUAUAUUUAUAAAGCAAUACUGUAUUAUAAAGAAUUAAUAUUUUUAUCACAUGCUUGAAAAUUUUAUUUUGUUCUGUUUGAAAAUGUGCACUCUAAACAUAUCAAAACCUUAUUUCUUCCUAUGAACUUAAGCUGCCUGCGCACAAAAAAAAUCUACUGAAUGGAGAUACAGUGGGGUCCAUGUGGUUGGUUUGGUGGUUUUUUUGUUGUUGUUAGUGUCAUUGUUUUUAAAGCCCAGGGGAGAGGGGAGGAGAAAAAUAAGGGAAAACGUUAUUUUUUUGUCCUAUAAUAGGGUAAUGUAGUGGCUUGACAUGAUUGAUGGGUACUUAACCACAAAGAGAAUCCAUUCCAGGUAUGUUUGUUUGGGGAGUUGUCCUUGUAUCGAAUAUUAGGUUCGCUGCUUUGCGCCAUGGAGAAAGUUUCCUCUGUUGAGGCAACUGCUCUGAAGUCAGUAUCCUGCAUCAAGUAACGAGACGGGGAAUGUGGGAUUUCUUUGGGGAAAGUCCAUGUUAAGGCUGUGUAGAGAAGAAGGGCUUGGACUAUAAAAUGUCUUUGCUUUCACGUGUUAAUGAUUCCUUGUCACCUCACUUGCUGUCUUUUGUUUGAACUAGCGCAUCCAAUUUCCCUGGGGACAAAAGUAAUGUAUGUUUUGUAUGGAAGGAAAAAAUGUCAAAUGUAAGAAAUCAGAACCUGAUUCCAUUUAGAGAACUCACAUGAGAUUUGGAUUCAAGUCAUAAUGACAUUUGGGGGGGAGUUCUGAAUUGAAAAUUGGCUGUUUCUGUUCAGAGAUUACAGAUGUAUCAGAUGGCUUAUGGCAAAAUUGGCUAAAAUAACAAAACCAAAUUGAAUCUGUACCUGUACUGAUGAGAAUUUUUUUUUUCUUUUGAGACUAUCAUUACCUGUCUUACAAGAGGCAAGUACCUGAAUUGGAUGUCUGAAGUAUAACUUAUGCAGGAAUAGUUCUGUACAUACAUUUAAAUAAGCUGUAAAGAUAUUUAAUAAAUAUAGUAUUUAUACUAAAA